AGAAAACAAAUCUAGCCAAGGCUAGAUCGCGUUCUGUUUGUGCCAAGGCUAGAUCGCGUUCCGUUUGCAUUCCUUGCCCACGCACGACCAUACCCCCCCGCGUGCCCCCCUGCCGAAACAAGCCUCAAAAUGUCGUAUUCGGAAACCAUCACAUCGGUGCGUGCACUCUUGAAAUACAUCGAGAAGCACAAUACCGAGCAUCUACGAAAUGCUCCAAGCAUCGAUGCACCGAGCAAAUGGGACGCAAGCUACCUCUUCAAAUGUCGAGUAGUUUGCCCCAAGCCAGACGGAAAGCGAUUCCUUGGCAUAGCCAAGGUCGAGGACGAGAAUAACCCGGAAUGGGAAGAGGUUAUCAAACCUUUCCCAAAGCGGCUGAACCGGCGGCCAUACCCCCACUACCACCAGCAUUUUCGGACGGGCACGGCAGCGAACUACUGGGAAGCGCUUCAAACGUUGAACAUGGCCAUCCGUAGCGAUUUCGCGCCUCCCAGCACCAAGCGGAGUAGGUCACGAGAAAGAGGGCUGCGCCCAGCCCAGGAGACAACCCCCGAGUAUAAGAGUACAAUGAAGAUCACAAGCAACUCGCCAGAAGAGGGGAGCUCAGACAGCUCCGAUGGCAGGGAUGAUCCCAGUUUCGCACCAGCAGCCGGGCACGACAUGACAGCCCUCCCAGAGGAUGCAACGGUCAACGCGAUUAUGGCGUGCAUCAAGCACUCCUUGACCUGGUACGGACCGCAAAAGGGCGAAGUCCUGGGCGACGAGGACUCGGUCGAGGAUGACGAUGGCGACGACAAUGAGGACUCGGAUGACGAUGACGACGACAGCCAACAGCCCGUGCUAUCCGCCUCACCGAUCCGGUACGCAAUCAAUGGGAAAAUUCCGAGUUUUCGCGCCAAGAUACAAGCCACGAGUGACGGGGAAAUCCAAGCCAACAAUAUCAUCGACGGUGAAUAUGCCAUCUCGCGGAAGGAAGUGGUGGCGAUCAUUGAGGCGAAAAGGCGGUUCACACAACAGCACAUUCAAGAUGGCAAAGCCACCAUUCCGGAUCGCGUUCUAGCCCAGGUGGUGGGCGAGGCGUUGGCCCUUCGGGGAACGGAGCUGUGUCGCAAUGACACCGUCAUCACCAUCGUUGCCAUCCGCAACUAUGUCUGCUUCUUGUCGGUUCACAUACCAGCUACAUAUUAUGAUGGGACCGUGAACGAUGUGAGGGAUCCAAAGAUGGACAUCAUCACUGUCAAACCGACCGCCUGGCUCAAUCAGGACGAUUCAAAGGGCCGCAAGGACAUUCUCUGCAAUGUUGCACGAAUCGUUGAAUGGUCGAGGCUGGGGAAGCGGAUGAAGAAGGACUGAUAGUUGCCAGAUCGACGGGCCUCGUAUGGAGGGUGGAGGGAAUUGCAGCCGUGCCAAGCUUUCCCCCGCGAACGACCCGAGGCUUGUUUGGUGGAGAGCCCCCCCCCCCAACAUUCGAGGUGCACUCUCCCCUCAGGCUUAAUCUUCGGCCUAUUUGUCUGAGCUGGGCGCCAUCCGUCAACGCUCGCGCAUGGCUGCGACUCAUGAUUCUAUCCUGUGUGGAAUUGCGCCCUUCAUAGGGUAUUACUUCGUCCAAGUGGAAACAGGGAAAUUACGUCCAUCCCCUUGCUCGAUUUGGGUGCCGGUGAUUUAUUAUUGUAAGCUAGCGCUGGUGUCGCCUCCUCCACAACGCGGUUGUGGCUUUGCAGCAAAGAAUGACGGAAUAGCAAGCAUGAUUUUAGCCCCGAUGCUUUACACUGUAGACGUUAUUCCCUUCCUGUUUAGCCAUUCCUUUGACGGGCCCACUGGGCCCACUGGGCCCCGCAUAACGUUAUCGCUC